AUGAAAUUCCUGAUAUUCUUGUUCAAUGCCGUCGUCGCGACGUUUAUUCGAUUCGAUGUUCAUUUCAUAUGCUCGUUGAAGACCACCAAAGAUUUCAAUACUGAAAUCCGGUUUUUUGACACCGACGUCAUAUCUGGCGAUGAUCUUAUUGGUGGCACCUUUGAUAUAAUCGGUUCAACCGAAAUACUUGAUAAUCAUUUGACUGCGACGGGUUACUUGGAUUCCGAUGAGCUAUUCAGCUCAGGAUAUUAUAUAAAAGCUCUGAUCAGGCACGACUGCACUGAUGAUAGAAGUCUGGCGAAAUUGGUUUGGCAUAUAUCUCCGCCGUGCGAAUUCCAUAUUUUUUGUCGUUAUACUAUUAAAAGAAAUAUCACAAACGAAGCAGGAGUUCACUAUAUGACAGCUGAGUUCUAUUACGAAUAA